UUGCAGGGGACCAGCCGGAAAAGGUUGCUCAGGCGCGUUUGAUUGAGGAUUUAAUCAGCAAGUUUCACCUCCUUUGUGGGAUAUUUUGUACUCCCUUGGCCUAACCUGAGCCAGAAUGACGGACCGCUACAACAUCCACAGUCAGCUGGAGCAUCUCCAGUCCAAGUACAUCGGUACAGGACAUGCUGACACCAGCAAGUGGGAGUGGCUGGUCAACCAGCACCGUGACUCUUACUGCUCCUACAUGGGGCACUUCGACCUGCUCAACUACUUCUCUGUUGCCGAGAACGAGAGCAAAGCGCGGGUCCGCUUCAACUUGAUGGAGAAGAUGCUGCAGCCUUGUGGGCCACCGGCAGACAAACCCGAUGAUGCUUAGAGUAAAUUGUCGUGAGCUGUGGGUGUUUGUGUUAUCACGGCUGGAUUGAGUUGAUGGACAGUUUUCUGCUAAAAGUUCGUAUGACCCACUUUAACAGCAGAAUAUGAAUAUCGUGUUUGCCUGGAGACGAGUGAAAGAUAUACUUUCCUCCCUUCAGGGAGAUAUGAAGACAUAGAACUACUGGAAGAUUGUAAAGUUGAUGAAAAACAAGUUCAUAUGUCUCGUCACCCAACUGUGUCUUUUUGUACUAAGUGAUUGAGUUGUAUUUUGGCACAAGCUUCUUCUAGUUUGAUUAAAUUUUGGUUUUUACUUGUAGUUCGA